CUGGGAGGAGUAGUUUGGCAGAGAGGGCGAAAGGCCUUGUGAAACUGCAAAUCCCAGGACUCCAGAGGAUUGAGCCACGGCGGGGGCCAAGCCGCAUGUAGACGCGACCUCGAAGUAAGCAACAGGCAGCGCAAGGCCAGCCACAUCCUCUCCCACUGCUGCCGCCGCCGCCGCCUCCUCUCUGCGGGCGAAAAGGAGGUGGUGGGUAAAGAGGAGCAGCCCCCUCCGCCCAGCCCAGAACGGAGCGCUUUCCGAGGCCGUUUGGCUCCAAUCUCUUCCCGUUCCUUACUGCCACACUGCCAUUCUCCAGCCUUUGCCUUCUGGCGCUGUGGAAGUCGACGCCCGACGCCGGAGCUGGGCAGGGCAGGGCAGGGCAGGGACGGCGCGAGGCCCAGAGAGAUACAUAGCCCAAGAAACCAGAAUUAAGAUGAACAGUCAAGGACAGGUUGCCAUGCUUCGUUGCUGGAAAUGUCAAAAAUAUAUUGCUAAUUUUGAAAGUCUUAUGAAGGAACAGACAACACAUUUAUUUGAACAACCUUGUUCUUCAGCUACCUCUCAGGACACCUGCAAUGUUUGGCACAUGAACGUAGACGCUCUUCCAGACUGGAUGACUUGCAUAAUAGAAAAGGCACAAUGGACAACAGGAAAACUGAACUGCCCAUUCUGUGGGGACCGUCUGGGGAGCUUCAACUUCGUCAAUAAUAUGAAAUGCUCCUGUGGCCAGUUUACAAAUAUCCAUCUUUGCAAGAAGCGAACUGAUUUCCAGAUAAUUUCUUCAGUUUUAUCACCAAUAUCACAACUGAAGCACUUGUCACUUUGUACAGUUCAGUGUGAUUUUAACAUGGAAAUGCAACAGAUUAUGAAAGGUGGAACUUUUAGAGCUAAAAAUCAAGGACAUUCAUAUAGGGUGAAAACUAAUGAUAACAUGGGAAGAUUAAUGGAAGCACUUUGCCUAGAAGCGAAAGCAACUAACAUUGAGAUGAAUAGCAAAAAAAUACACUUCAAAGUGUCUCAUCCGAAAACAAAUCAUUCAGUUUCACUGGCUGUGAAUGACAGAUACCCUGUAAAAGCUUUUCAUAGAAAAUCAAAAAGUUUGGACUUGAACUUCAGAGGGAGGCUUGUCUUGCUCCCUGCUUUAUGUGGGACGUCUGCAACCAAGAAAUCUCUAUUUUCCAGGCAACACGAAAGUCAGCCUUCUAACUCAAAGGAUUGUUCACAAUUAAUGUCCCACAGAACACAUAAUUAUUUUCCUUUCUCACUUAAAUCAAAUACUGGUGAACAUACUUUUUCAGUUACUUCCUACAGUGUAUUAGCACAAGAGGAGACUGGAUUCAAUCCUCAUUUAGCAGUUUCCAAAAACCACAUUGAGAACUCUGCCAGUGAUCAGCAGCUGUUCUUGUCUUCAUCAGAAACGGAGAGGACUACAGAAGAAGAUUCUGUGGAGGGGUACAUCACAUCUCUUGGUCUUUUUCAGCCCUUGAAAACUAUUGAACAAAAGUUGAACAAGAGAAAAAGAAAUCGAUUAAACAGUUUGAGGAAAAAACAAAGGAGGCAAGAAGGGUGGUUGCAAAAGCAGACACUGAGUACAGAAGAAGAACAUGAACACAGGCUAGAUAAAGAAAGCUACCUCUGUGCAGUGUGCCUGGAUGUCUACUUUAACCCUUACAUGUGCUAUCCCUGCCAACAUAUCUUCUGUGAACCCUGCCUGCGCACACUUGCCAAAGAUAACCCAAUCAACACUCCAUGUCCUCUGUGCCGCACUGCAAUUACCCAAGUUUUUUUCCAAUCAGAACUAAACAAUUUCACAAAAACUCACUUUCCUGUGGAAUAUUCAAAACUUAAGGAAAAUUUUCAAGAAUCAAGUUUGACGAAGUGGCCUCUCCCCAACUGCAAGAAAGCAUUCAGAGUUAUUGAAGGUUUUCAGAGCACAGAUUCCUUUACAAGAAGGCAUUUCCCUCAUGCUGCUCACAGGUUGGAUUAUAUGGACUUUGAGGAUGAUAGCCGGGGAUGGCGAUUUGAUAUGGACAUGGUGAUAAUCUACAUUUAUUCCAUCAAUUGGGUCAUUGGAUUUGUUAUCUUUUGUUUUCUCUGCUACUUUUUCUUUCCUUUUUAAGAACUUGUAUCCACAAAGGUUUGAUUCAGCUGAGAGACAUACUCUGACUCAAUGUAUCAGAUUGUACGGGGAACUACAGUUUACAAUUCAAAGCCUGAGAAAGCUAUAGUAACAAAAAUGUAAAGCUUUCUAAUGAUCUGAUUGUUCUGUUGCGCUUUAAAAUGAAGGAACAUUUGUAUAUAGAAAGGAAACUGUCAGAUUAUUUAUUAUAAUGCUCAGUAAAAUAGCACAUGGACUAGCAUCCUGUUUUAUAAUAAUGAUGUCAUAAGUCUGCCGUAGACCGUCGCAGUUCACUUUUAUGGUUAUUUUGUACAGUGUCCAAAGAUUCCCCACAAUCUUUUCAGCAGCACAGUUUCCUCCCUCAAAAAAGGUAGUGAUAGAGCAGGGGAGGAUGAGUGGAGACACAUACAGCUUUCUUCCUGUAGAAGGAAACGUUGCAACAGGUAUCAACAGGGCUAGAAAGAUUGCUAGUUGCAUUUCAACUCAUUGUUCCACUCUCUACCACAUGGCUCUGUCCACACUAGGAGAGCUGUGCUGCUGAAAAUGUCGGUUUGGGGGUUAGCCUCAAGAGACAUAGCUACAGAGAUGAGGUUACAUCUCACAUGGCACAAUCUCUGCCAGGGUUUUUUGACCCUGUCUUCCAUUUUGGUGCUAUACUGACAUUUUAUAAGCAGAUUAGAGCAGAUUCAUUGAACAGUGCUUCAGUAUCCAUUGAUGGCUGCUAUAUAUGAAACACACAUCAUGAAGACUUGUUUUUUUUAUAGAACCUGUUAACACAUCAAACCAUUAGGCUAGGGUGUGAUGUUUUGAAUUCAUAUGUGAAUACAAUUUUGGCAGAUUUUAUCACAUUUAAUUAGUAUGUUAAACUUUCAGCUUUUCACCCCAGAAAACAAUGUCAGUAAUUCUGUGAGAGCAUGAUAUGUUAUCCUGCCUGCUUGGUAAAUAUAUGGGAUAGAGUAGGGAAAUGUAUUUGUCAAGGCAGUUAGUAUGUUGUCUGGAAUUUCCAGUCUUGCAGAGACAAUCUAUUCCUCUUUUUCUCUUUGGUUGUAUGUAUGAAAAGAGCCAUUAGUCUGCCCAAGCACAGUGACUGUGUGAGUUAAGGGAAAACACUAUAGAAGCAAAAUAUAUUAUCUUCCAUUUCAAUUCUACCUGUGUUUACUGGGACAUGUUUCCACAAUACAGUUUUUCUAAGCUCUCUCCCCCAUCCCACUCACACAUACAUCCACUAAAUUACUGGUUCUCAACCUGUUGGCCGUGGCUCAGCAGUGAGCUGCGAGAAUGAAAAUCCGGUCUGCGAACCUCCUUUCUCUUUAUUUAUUUAUUUAUUUUAUUUCUGCUCCUUUCCGCAGAGCUGAGCAUUGCACGGGAUAGACCACAUCAGCUGUAGAUUAUUAAAUAUGAUUUUCUGUGGGAGAGGGUAUGCGGACUACUUGAUGGCUUAUAUUCUGUAUCAGAAACUAGAGCUGAUGUGGUCUAUCAACUGCAAUUGUCUGAAUCAUCACCCCAAAUAAUCUAACCAAAUCUAAAGUUGACCAAAAUCUUAUUCGUAACCCUUUUGGUACUAAUGUGGCCCCUGGUCAAAGUGGUCCCCAGUCAAAUAGUUCCUUGUCAAAGUAGUCCCUGGUCAAGUGGGCCCUGGUCAACAAAAGGUUGGGAUCAAAUUCAUGUUUGAUCACUGGGAGAUAGAGGUAAGUGGUCCAAACUUCACAGAAAGUUCUCUAGAAAAGGCAGCAUGCAUGGUAGCAUUAUACCUUAUUUUUCAUGGAAAGUUUUGACUAGGAAGAUUUUUUACCAGUUGAUGACACACAGCUGAACAGGUGAGUCAGUGCCACUGAAAAUCACAGCAUUAAAUGGAAAGUUUAAAUUCAUCAAUUAAAAUGCAAACUACUGGGUGAUAUUAACAUAGGAAUGAGUCUUUUGUCCCUUUCUUAAUACCCUGAUGGUGGUGCCAGAGUGCCAAUCUUAAGAAAUGGGGCCACAAAGUGGAGUCCACGACAUGUGAGUGUGGAGAAAAAUAAAGCACAGACCACGUAUUACAAUGCAGUCUAAGCCCUGCCACAUGCACAAUGGAAGACCUUCUUAUAGCAACACCAGAGGCACUCAAGUGGCCAGCUACUGGUCAAGGGACAUUUAGUAUAAUGCCAAGUUUUUUUACUCUGUGUUUUUAAAUACAUUACAACUGUACCCUCGGUUUGCUUCUGACACGAUACAUUUUAAAAAAAUACCCUGGUCAUUUUCACACUACACAGAAAUAACAGUUUUAUAUCAGUGUAAAUGCCAUAGCUGCAUGCUAUGGAAACCUUUGAUUUAUAGUUUGGUAAAGCACUAAUAUUCUCUGUCUGAAUUAUAAAUACAGUACCUCAAAAAAGUACAUAUCUCAAAACACCAUUGGUCUCUAAACCAUGACAGUUAAAGUGCUAUUAAAGUGAUAUAAUUUUGGAAAGAGACUUAUGUCACAGCAGUAUUAUUUGCCCAUUUUGCAAAGUACAUUUCUCAUACUUGUUUACUUAUGCAUGCAGCAUUAAUUUGUUCUAUAACCACACCAUCAUACAUCAGCAUCAGUUAGAAAUUUCAUAUCACUGCACAUUACCUUAAAUGGAAUGGUCUAAAUCCCAUUGGAAGAAAGUUCCCUGAAUCAAUUUAACUUUCGUAACUUUGAUUUACCAAGUUCCCACAGAUUCAGUGGGGGAAUUGUAAUUAAGACUAACAAUUGGAUUUUAUGCUUUGAUUUUCAGUGACCUGUUCAGCUGUGACCUGUUCAGCUGUGUAUUAUCAACUGGUAAAAAAAAAUAGUCUAUGUAUGGACUGUGCUUCAAUGUACAAGACUGAAAGUGUUGCAGAGAUACCUAUAUCAGUUUCUUAUUACAUAACAAAUCAGUUGAAUAGCUACCUGAAAGUACUAUAAGACAGAUAGAUUGCCAGGAUCCUAAUGCAAAAGGUCUUAUAAUGGGAAUAUUUAAAAUUAAUGGUAGAGGCUUUUGGAUCUCUUUCACUUUUGAAUUGUUUCCAAGUAUAGAGGAUUGUAUGAGAAGAUUUUAGCAAACAAUAAUAGUAAUAACAUCACUAUGUUUAUUCUUUCUCAAGUGCCUAAAAACAUGGUGCUGUACAUUAUUAAACAGAGUUAACAACUACUAAAUGCUGCCCACUGACUGCAGUCUAUAUAAGCAAAUGAGGAAAAGCAAGAAGGAACAAAAGUGGAGGAAAUGAGAGGCGUGUUCACGUAAAUCUAACUGAAUGCAGUAGGUCUUCUUCCCUAGUCACUUUACUUAAGAUCGCAGCCUAGACCAGAGGUUUCAGAUGUUUGGGCCUCCAACUCCCAGAAGCCCUAACCAGCUUGUACAGUGACCAGGAAUUUUGGGAGCUGAGGCUCAAAAUACCUGGAGGGCCACAAGUUUGACACCACUGACCUAGACGUAGAUCUGUGUUAAUCAGUGGUAUAUGAAAAUGAUUGACGGCAGUGGUGCAGCAGGAUUUGAUCUCAGAGUCAUUCUUCAAAUAGCACCUGGGUCAGCAUGAACAUGCCACAGCCUACCAAAGCUGACAUCAUUAAUUAACAUCAAUAUUCAUUCUUCUUAUUUUUAAAUAUAUAUAUAUAGCUGAUAUUGACUGGAUUAGCAUGUACAUUAUUACAGAUGGUUGUUCUACUGUUUUUACUUUUAAAAGAUAUAUCAUGUUCCUACAACAACAUAAUGCCUCUUUCCACCAGUGUCAGGGAAGCAGAAUGAAAUUCCAUUUAUCCCUAGAAUUAUGAUGUUGUUUAGAUUUAAAUGGGUUUAAAAUGCAAAAGUGAUCUUCUCAGAGAAUUUCCUUUUUAUUGGUGUUGGCAAACAGUACUUGUUUUUUUCUUUAAGACUUUAAGAAUGGAAAACAUUGAAUGUUCUGAGAGGAAGGAAAGAAAUGUAAAGUAUGUACUUCACCACUGAAAUAAUAUCCUUGGCAAAUUAAAGGGGAAGAGACUUACAUCUAGUUCCUAAAAUUAUCUGACAGUGCCACUGGAUCAGACUCUUCUUAAAAGGUUGCAAUGGCUAAAUCCCUUGAAUAUCUAAAGCAAUACUUUACAAAGAAAAAGUGAAGAAAACCAUUGUGAGAUAAAAACUGUAAUCUUUCAUCUGACUAAGCCAUUGCUACCAGCGGAAUAGAGUUCAAGGAUGAUACAUAUUGGAAGGAAGCAGUCAAAGGAGAAAUGUAAACAGGAGUAACAAAAGGCAAUAUUGUUAGCACCCAAUAAAUUGCAUUCCUCACUAUAGCAUUAUACAAAGAAUGCAGUGAAAUGUUCAAUACCAUGACUACAGUUUGAAAGUUCCGCAACUCAAAUUUUGUGUAGCAGGAAAAGAAACUUGGAUCAACUGAAGCUUCAGUCAUAUGGCUUUCUUCUACGGCAUUGCUGGAUUUUGCACAAUAUUUUUCUUGUGCAGCCCAGCUGUUUUUAUGUAGAAAACGCCAUAAUAGUGUCACCAUAACUCAGAAAUGACUUGAAGGCACAUAACAAGAAAGCCAAAGUGAAAGUAAGAUUCUUAUCAGAGUAGCUCUAUUGGAAUCAUCAUGUAGAUGGAAAUUAACUGCACUCUUGGCAGCUAAUUACUGUUUUUUAUAGCCGAAUCAGAAGUGCUACAGAGAAGCCCCAAGAGACCUUCUGAUAGAACAUUUUAGCACCGAUUAGCAGCAAUUCCCCCAGCCACAGCUGUCCAUUUUACAGAUGUUUGCCCUUUCUUCACUCUGUGCCUGAGUAUUUUCCUGUGUACUACAUCAGAUGUGCUGCUUUUAUGAAACACUUCCUACAGUUAUUCUGUUUGUCCAGAUUUCCAUUUAUAUAACGUUAAGCUUUUAUGCUCUUUUCCUUGUAUUUAGCUUUGUCUAAACUGGUUUAACUCAGAUUAUCUCAAAAGCAAAGCAGAGGCCUACUGAACGCCUUAUGCUGCAGCAUUUUACUAAAGCUGAGCAACUAUGGCUAUGUUCAGGCCCUUCAAAAAGGCAAUACUGGGAAUCAAAUGUAAAAAUGAAACAAGUAUAUAUGUAUUAUAUUUAUAAUAUAAAACAGGAAGCCAUUUAGGCAGUACCAACACAUGGCACAUUUUCCCAUCCAUUCUGUAUCUGAAAUGAAGGUUAGGUUUUAGUUUCUUUCUUUCUUGCCAUACAUUCAAUACUGCUACUUAGAACAUUAUGUUUCCUGGUGGGAAAAGGAAAACGGUGUGAGUAAAGUUAAUAAUAAUUAAGAUAAGAACAUAAAGAUUUUCUUUGUAGAUAAAAAAAAUAUUGUGUUCUUGCCUAAGUUUGCUUUAGUUUGUUUUCUUUGUUUGUUUUAAAUACAUGGAUUUGUUCAAGAUAAAAAAGAAUAAAGUGUCAUUUCAACAAAAAAAUACUUGCACUUAGAAUUUUUUAAAAUGUGGAAAACUAUAAAGAAAUAACGCCAAGAAAGGGCUUUUCUUGAUCAUACUGAUAUUUGAAGAUCACUCUCCAAAACAUACAGUAUUUUACAUUGUAAACCAAUUAUAAGAAUGCUAUUGUGGUUCUUUCAGAAUUAAUGUAAUUAAAUAACAAAUUAAACAUAGAUCCAGAUCUAUUCAAAAUCAUAAAAAAAUGAUCCAGCAUAACUGACAUUAAUAUUCUGGUACACUAGCUCCAAAGGGAAUGUGAUACAAAUCACUCCAUGAACUAACUACAAGUUUUGAGUUCAAGAUCAAUAAAUCUCCCAGGCAACAAAAUAUCUUUGAGAUGGCAAGUCACUCGUUUCCAAUCGUCUUGUUAGCCUCUACUCUGCCUCCCAAUUUCUUUGUGUGAUGUUACUGUAAUUUCACAACUUUUAAUGACAAAUAAUAACCCAUUCUUUAUGGCAACAUGGAGCCCCUGGUGGUGCAGUGGAUUAAACCGCUGAGCUGCUGAAUUUGCUGACCGAAAGGUCUGUAGUUCGAAUCCGAGGAGAGGAGCGAGGUCCCACUGUCAGCUCCAGCUUCUGCCAACCUAGCAGUUCGAAAACAUGCAAAUGUGAGUAGAUGAAUAGGUGCCGCUCCGGCGGGAAGGUAACGGCGCUCCAUGCAGUCUUGCCAGCCACAUGACCUUGGAAGUGUCCACAGACAACACUUGCUCUUUGGCCUAGAAAUGGAGAUGAGCACCAACCCCCAGAGUCAGACACAACUAGACUUAACGUCAGGGGAAAAUCCUUACCUUUACCUAUAGUAACAUAGGAUGGUGCUUGUUAUUUACCUUCAAAAUCAACUCUGACUUACAGUGACCUUAUCAGAAAGUUUUCUUUGUGCCUAUUUGGAGAGAGAGCACACUUAAGGAACAGAAAUUGGUAGUAGGGUAAAGCAGUGCUACUCAUGCACAAUGAUCUCUUUUUAAAAGAAAAGAAGACUAGACUGCAUGCUACCUAAUUAAUUUCUGAGGCAAUGUCUGGUUGCAAAUCUGGCAGAUGAACCAGAAAUAAGUAAAGUCAAUCGAAAUUAAGUAAACAAUGGCUGUCAGGAAUCUUAUAAGGCACAAAGACACCGUAAGGCAGGCUCUCCCAAGGCUAGUCGAAGUUUAAGGAUCUCAGAGAGCUCCAAGUAAACAAAAUUCCCCAGCAAAGGCUGGAGCUUGGAAAUAGGGAGACCAGGGUUCAAACCCCAACUUGAUCAUGCUAGCCCACUGGGUGACCUUGCACAUGUCACACUCUCUUUGCAGUUGGGGUAUAAAUUAAGAGAGAGGAGGCAUAUCUGUUCAACAAUGGACCCUAAUGGCUAGAAAACCUAAAGGAAAGUCCAUAGACAUCUUUGUACCUAUAUAUCUCCAGGAGCAUUAGAAUAUAUCACAUGGAAAUGGUCUUGAAUGUCUAAACCAGCCCUAAGGGUUGGACCUGCCAACUGUCAGCUGAUAGUGAAUUGGGCUGUCAUUCUUUGCAGCUGCUUCUCAUUUACAAAGAUCCUUUUUCUGAAAGCUCCAGCCAAUACACAUGUCAAAGGUACUGUGCAACCUUUCUCUCUGAAUAGGCCCCUGGCGAUGCCGUUACGCAAAUGGGGCUUAACUUUCAUUUUCCUUAUGAGUUCCAACCAACAGAAUGUGAUUGGCUCCAGACUCAGAUAAAUAAAUUGUGACUGUUUUGCUGGUUCAGAAAGCUGUAGGAUUGCAUCUGUAAUCAUAAUAGUUGAAAUGACUUCAUUAGUUAAUGGAAACGAUGGACUCAGAGUGAUGUGAGUGAAUAGGUGAUUGGAGAUGUUAGAUCCAAUUUGGAAAGAAAAAAAACCAAAGGUUUGGCAGCAGGGAUGGAAAUUAAUGUUGAAAUCUCUUUAUUCAGUAUCUCUGCAGUAAAAUACUGAAAUAUUAAACUCAAAUUUUCUGAUUCUGACUUCCUUAUGACAAUCUGUUCUAUGACUUGUUUUAUUUCUGUGAACGAUUUCUUUCUGAAAUAUAUAUUUCUGCCUGCAAUUUCUUGUGGCUUACAGUAACAUCCAAGCUAUGUUUUGACAUCAAUUUUUAUUCAAUUUGGGCUUUUUUUACUAUCCGUUUCACACUGAUCUUUCUAUUCCCUAUGAAUGUGUAUGUAGUAAAUGCCUUCUUUAUUCACAGAAAUAGAUAUUUGUGCAUAUAUUCUUCACAAAAAGUAAAAUAAAAUUUAUGCUAAAACC